CAUCGUUUGUUGUCUGUCUGACUGAUUGUCGAGAGUUUUAAAAAUUGACUUUUUUGCUCGGCGCGCUUCAGAGACUACGGACGGUUGGUUUAAGACGGUUUGCGUUUGCUGUGGCGCGCAAAGUCUUGAGUUUUGUCGCAGAGUCCAAAAUCUUUGUAUGCGCAUAAAAUUCAAUUCAAAUAAAUUUAAUUAAAAAAGGAAUAUAGCAGCGAGAUAUUACACGAACCAGCGUACGCCAACAAUCGACAUGAUGACUGUCAACAAAAGCAAUAACAACGACCACAACAGCGAUAAUGAUAACAACAAUUGCGGGAGUGGUGCGAACACCUUGGGCGCUACUGCAGCGGAUGGCAAAAUCCCGCCCACUCACUCGGCGACCGAAAGUGCUACGGAGGAGGCGUUCCCAGUUGGUAAGGCAGCUGAAAAUAUGCAGCGAAACAAACUCACUGCCCAUGGCUACGAUGCUGAAGGUGACAUCGCGGCCAUCGCGGCGGUCGCUGCGGAUUGUGAGCGUUUGCUGGCAGCUGCAACAGCUGAUACAGCUGACAACAUUUACAACAACACCAACAAUAAGAACAAUGGUGUCAGCGAAGUUAUUGGCUAUGCCAGCGAUGAAGCCGCUAACGCGAGCAAUUCCUACGCCAACAACGACAACAGCAACACGAGGCAGAAUUUGUAUGACAAAGUUGACGACGAUGAUAAUGACACUGAUUUGGAUGGAACGGAUGGAGCGAAUGCAGAGGUGUUGUAUUCCAGCGCUGCGCUGCCGCGUGCGCCUCGCUCUCAACUCGACUAUACCGCUUCGUUUGCAUCGUACGACAGUCAUGUGCAUCAGUUGAAUCAUAGUCAGCGUUGCAAUUCGCAUGCAACGCUAAAAGUGUUGCGACGACAGCGUCAGCAAAAACAGCAACAACAAUUGCACCAGCGGCUGAGCGCGCAACAAAAUACGAGUUCUUUGAAAUUGAGCGCCUCCAGCGCAUCGAUUUGUUCGUCGACCACUUCGACAUGUCCCACGUAUAGUGUUGGCGAGCCGUUGUAUCAGUCGGUUGCAUUCACUGAGUAUGGCGCCGUGGACGCGUGUGCUAUAGAGGCGCUGACUAUGGAAGAAUUGGCGGAUGAGAGCGUUUUGCGGUACUCCUUCAAAGGUUACCCGCCGGAGUUGUAUUCGCCGCGAAAGGAAUUCAUCUAUACGCGUCCGUUAGUUGAGAAACAGCAAGACAAAGAUAAUAUAAGUGAGGUUCCUACUUAUAGUGGUCAUGAUAAGGAAGAUGAGGUUGUACCAUCUGAACAAAAUGAAGAUGGUGAUUCCGAUCCAGAACAAAUUGUGAAUCCUCAAGGGCGUAUCAAAAGAGGAAGACCGAAGAUUUUAAGAAAUGGUACUGUUGGAAGACCACGUAAAAUAUUUGCAAUUGAUCCAUGUGUGAAUGUUUUAAAUUCAGUUUCUUGCGUAAAGAAUGAUCCGAUUACCACAAAACAAGCUUUAAGCUGUAAAACUGCAUUGCAUUGGAAAAAUGCUAUGGAAUUGGAAAUGUCAACUUUAAUGAAUAAUAAUACAUGGGAUUUAGUAGACCUGCCAGAGAACAAAAAUGUUAUAGAUUGCAAAUGGGUUUUCGCAACAAAGAGAAAGACUGAUGGGAGUGUUGAGAAGUAUAAAGCCCGUCUUGUGCUCAAGGUUGUUCUCAGCGAGAAAAUAUAG